AUGUCAGGCUUACAAAAGACGGGCGCGAGGCGCCAUACCUUCUCUUCAUACGGCGCCCAGCCAUACCACCGACAUAAGAGCAUCCCAUAUACCGCCACGAGCCACCCCGACAACCCUAUUCCGGUCGAACCACUCCGUAACAAGGACAUGACCUUGCCGCUCGACGCUCAAGUCCGACUCAGCAAUAUGAGCACCAUGGCUCCCAGCCCGAGAUCAAGCGGCGAUAGUCUCGCUGGCUUCACCGACGACACCAACACGAGCGAUAGCGACGCGCCUUCGACCCCAGCGACCGAACCGAACGACGAGCCGAUUGAAAGAAUAAAGAAUCUGUCGUUGGAUAGGACUGCAUCACCGCCCAAGAAGAGACGUGCAAGCACCACAUACGCUUCCAACGCCGAUGAUAUUAGGAGACUUAUCGGUUCUGGAGGUGGCACCAAGUUCUUUCAGAAGUACUGUUGCGGCGAAGGAUGUUGCAUGAUCGAGUCGCUGCCACUACAUACUGAUGAGGUCGCAUUCGCACCCAUCCUUACACCGAGCACUGCCGCAUAUCGAUUUCUCAAUCUCGAUCUGCGAUCAUUAUCCCUUGACACGCCGCUCAACAAGAUAGUCGACUUGCCUGAAUCGAAGGUAUCGUUUGGACCGAUACGAAGAGAAUCCAUCACCGACAAGUUCCCCGAAGAGGCGAUGCACAAGCAUGACGCAAACGAAGUGAAGCGAAUCCCACCCGAAUACAUGAAGCCGCAUCCUCCCUACAACAUCUUCAACGCUCCGCUGUAUAGUGCUCGCGAGCUCACGAAGCCUGGUGCGGAGAAGCGGACGUUCCACUUCGAUAUCGACGUCACAGACUACCCUGAGGAAGGUGGCGUCGACUUCAAAGUUGGUGGCGCUGUUGGCGUCUGCCCGCCUAAUGAUCCUGAUGUCGUCGAAGAUAUCAUGAAUCAAUUGGGCAUCCCCAGAUUCCAGCGUGAUAGGGCUGUCAGACUGCAUACCAAUGGAGGACGGUGGCCGACCAUUUGGGGUGAAGAGGAAUCGAGAGAGCUUGUGACUACUCGACGAGAAGUCUUGACCUGGACCGUCGACAUUUCAUCGGUUGCGCCUACGAAGCCACUUUUGAGGGUACUGGCAGAGUACGCUUCGGAUCCCAACGAGAAGAAGAUUCUUGAAUACCUUUGCAGCGCGCAAGGACAGGCGACCUUCUGCGACCUUCGGACUGGACCGCAUAUCACACUGCAGCAACUCCUACACGCAUUCCCUUCAUCGAAGCCGCCGCUCGAGUCACUAUGCGGCGUACUGAACCAGCUCAUGCCACGUUUCUAUUCGCUCUCGAACGACCCACAUGUUUCUUCAGCACGAGAAGGCCUCGCUGGUCGACGCUUGAUCGAAAUCGCAGUCACGGUUCAUGAGACCGAGAAUUUCAUCAACGACAAGCGGUCUGGCGUAGGAUCUGGGUUCCUCGAGCGACUGGCCAAGAAGUUUGUCGAGCAUGACGAGAAGUCACAGAAGGAUGCAGAGGCGAAGGGGUUCUGCUUGAGACCGGGUGUCGCUGGGCGCCAGCUCAACCUUUCAGUACCCAUGUUCCGAGGCUUGAUGUCGAACCCACUUUCAAGAGAGUUCGCAAGCGACGGCCCCAUGGUGCUUAUUGGUGCUGGUGUGGGAAUGGCACCUUUCAGAGGCUUCAUCUUGAACCGACUGAAGAACGCCAACUGCGCCAACAAGAUCUGGCUGAUCCAGGGCAUUCGAGACAGCAUGCUCGAUGAGAUCUACCGCGGCGAGCUCGGCGCUCACGAGUCAGAGAUCAAGAAAGUCGUACAGUCUCGGGCAAGUCAACUACCUCCCGUGGCCGAGGACGAAGCUGGUGUGGUUGAGCACACUGAUGACGAGAACGCACCACCGACUGUCGCCGAUCCCAAGAAGCAGAACAAGGUGGCCAAGUACGUCCAAGAUGAAGUUCGCAUGCAAGCAGACAUUGUCUGGUAUGUCAUCAACGCCGUCGACGGCCGAAUCUUCGUCUGCGGCUCUACCAAAGGCAUGGGCGAGGGUGUCGAGGCGGCACUGAUCGACGUCGCCAUGUCCAAGGGCAACCUGGACUACGAGACAGCCAAGCAGUUCUGGACCGGCAAGAAGGACGCUGGCCAGUAUAUCGCUGAGACUUGGUAG